AUGGUAACAAGUUUCAACUUCACUUUCUCGGAAGACUAUGUCUUUGCUUCUAAUGACCUUCUUCUUUACAGGAUCUCACAAUCUGUGGUUGAACCAAUUGAGCUACAAGAGCUUGUUGCCCUCUUGUUUCUGUUCAAAACAAUUGAUUUCUUGUUUCAGUACUUUCAGACAAAAGACACUGGGCUUAAGGAGCAGGCCCAAGAUGCUUUGUAUUUGCCAAUUACUCCACCAUAUUACAUACUACAAACUUGUGAAAAGCAUUGUCUUGUGGGAAAUUGCAGAUUGUGUGUUAUAGCUGGAAAUAUUUCUCCAGUAGAUGUCAUUACCCAUGUUCCAAUCUUAUGUGAGGAAUCUGAUAUACCAUACAUCUAUGCUCCCUCAAAAGAAGAUCUUGCAAAUGCUGGAGCAACAAAGAGGCCAACUUGCUGCGUUUUGGUAUUGACAAAGCCUACUAAGGGGGAACUUAGCCAGGAAGAUCAAGAGAAACUGAAAGAAGAUUAUGAUCAAGUUGUAUCAGAAAUUUGUGAAACAACUUCAUCGUUGUUUUGA